AAGAUUUCAGAAAAAAGAAUCAGCGAACACGUGUACUGCCAAGCGGUAACCAAUAACUAGAUAGGGCGCCUUUCCUUGUAAAAUUACCGUAUUAUCCAACUUGUUAUCCACACAACCUAUCGUUUAACAAGAGAAAAAACUGCUUGGGGCUUCCCAAAGUGGUCUCCUGAACAUGGAGGGUAAAGAAGGAACAGGGGAAACAGACACCGAGUCUGGACUCAUCUCCGACUGGGCCGAGUUAACCGACGAGUGCCUCGUCAACAUCCUUUCACGACUCACUUUCGAGCACCGAUGGACGGGCCCUAUGCUUGUCUGCAAACCAUGGCUCAACGCCUGCAAGGAUCCCACUCUAAACUCCGUGUUCGAUCUCGAAACUCGGUUCGAUUCCUCCGCCGAGUCACCCCGCUGGUGGACCCCCGAGUUCGAAAGAAAAAUCGACUCCAUGCUCCGAUCCGUUAUAUCAUGGAGCAACGGCAAUCUAACCAAGAUCCUUACCCGUCACUGCUCCGAUCUUUCUCUCAACUUCGCCGCUCAAAGGUGUCCAAAUCUCCAAGUUCUUUCUAUAAAAAGCUGUCCUCACGUGACCGAUGCCUCGAUUGCUCAAGUAGCGUAUCAUUGUCGGAACCUUAAACAACUCGACAUCAGUUACUGCUACGAAAUAUCGCACGAAUCUCUGAUGUUAAUUGGUCGGAACUGUCCCAAUCUAACGGUCCUAAAACGGAACCUGAUGAAUUGGUUAGACCCGUCGCAACACGUGGGAAUUGUUCCCAAUGAUUAUCUAAAUGCGUGUCCACAAGAUGGGGAUACAGAAGCAGCUGCAAUCGGGAAAUUCAUGCCUCAACUGGAACAUCUUGAAAUCAGAUUCUCGAAAUUAUCCGCUAAAGGUCUUGGUUCGAUCUGUGAAGGGUGUUUGAAACUUGAGUUUUUGGAUUUGUUUGGAUGUGCUAACUUGACUAGUCGGGAUAUUGUCAAUGCGACAUCGAGUUUGAAAGAUUUGAAAGAAGUAAAGAAGCCGCAUUUAUAUAUACCCAGGUCAGUUUUUCAUACUGAGCGGUAUGGACAUUGGAGAUUGUAUGAUGAGAGGUUCCAAACUGAUGUUUUCCGAAUCUAGGGAAGGAACAUGAUUUCAAUUUCUUAGCUUUGUAUUUGUGUAUUACUGUAUUCUGAAUCAACUUUUCUGGGAUACAUUCCUGGGAUAAUCUAUGCUCUCAAUGCCAUUGUUUUUGUGGAUCGUGAUGAGUACUUUGACGAGUACAUGCGUCCACUUUAUUAUUCCAGUGCCUAGGAUUCUUUAAUUAUCUGUCUAUGCUGUAAAUAUGAUGAGCUAAAACUCCUUUUUUUUUGUGUUUAAGUUGAUAUUGAGGUGUUGCUCCUCUUUAAUUAAUCUUGAUGUUGUGCUGUUGUAAUGGUU